UCCUUCGUCUUUGUGUGGUGGAAUAAUGUGAUUCAUCAUCUGAUGGACCAUGUCACUUUGCAAUUAUUUCUCUUAAUUUGACCAAAGAUAACCAAACUUCCAGUUACCUGCUCCAGUAGUUAGACUCUAUUAAUCUCACUUCAUUUUCCCAGUUCAAUUGUUAGCACUUGCUAGUUGCUAUGGAGGACAAAGUCAAGGUGAUUUUGUUGGGCUCAGGGUUCAGUAUGUUUGGGAUGAGAGCCAUGAUAGCUUUGGAAGAUAAAGGAAUCAAAUAUGAGUACAUGGAGCAGGAUCUUACCAACAAGAGCCCUUUGCUUUUAGAAAUGAAUCCAAUUCACAAGAAGAUCCCAGUUCUCAUACAUCAUGGAAGACCCAUCUGUGAGUCCCUCAUAAUUGUUGAGUAUAUUGAUACAGUUUGGAAAAGCAAUGCUCCACUUCUUCCCUCUGAUCCCUACCAAAGAGCUCAAGCCAGGUUCUGGGCUGAUUUUAUUGAUCAGAAGGUAUAUCAUGCUUCUAGGAGAAUAUGGACUACAGAUGGAGAUAAAAAAGAGGUGGCAAAGAAGGAGUUCUUUGAGAGCUUAAAGCAAUUGGAGGAGGUUCUUGGAGAUAAGCCAUAUUUUGGGGGUGACACGUUUGGGUUUGUGGAUGUUGCUCUCAUCCCUUUCUAUUGUUGGUUUUAUACUUAUGAGACCUUUGGAGGCUUCAAAGUGGAGGCAGAGUGUCCAAAACUUAUCUCAUGGGCUAAGAGAUGCAUGCAGAAAGAGAGUGUAUCUAAAACUCUUGUAGAUGAAAAGGAAGUUUAUGAGUCUGUUUUAGAUUACAAGAAGAAAUUUGUGCUGAGCUAGUGGAAACUGAACACAUGUACAAGGGUAAAACAAAAUAAUACCAGUGAAUUACAUGAAAUCGAUUCAGUUUGAGUCAGCGCCACCGCCAACCAAUUAGCCUCAACAGCAGUGUAUGAGCAGUAAGAGUAAACCACAUGGUUCUAACCAUUGUGUCUGUUUUUUAAUAGACAAAUUCCUGCUGUUGCUUCAAAACUAGUGAAUUUCCAUUAUGAAUA